UGUGUGUGGACGCGGCACCGUAGAGGUGCGCGGAGUGCGAUGGGUGCCAUGAGGAUUACGGUGUGUGUGGGGCUGCUAGCGCUGGCUGUGUCGGUGUCGGCGCAGGAUGGCUACCUCUACCCGAAACCUAGUACUCCAUUCCUAGAGGGCGGUGGACAACUACCCCAGCCCCAGUACAGGCCACAGCCUCCGCCUCAACCUCAACCGGCUUACAGGCCUCAGCCGCCGCCCCAGCAGACCUACCAGCCCCAACCACAGCCGGCGUACAGGCCUCCACCACCGCCACCCCAGCCGCAACCACAGCCGGCUUACAGGCCUCCACCACCGCCACCACCACCCCAGCCGGCUCCUCAGCCAACUUACCGGCCACAGCCUCCUCCUCAACCGCAGCCCACCUACAGGCCUCAACCGCCACCGCAGCCGGCGCCUCAACCGACGUACCGGCCUCAGCCAGCUCCCCAGCCACAGCCUCAACCUCAGCAGGGCUACGUGUACAACCAGCCGCAGCCCUCAUUCGUUGACGGCCAGGGGCAGUUGCCGCAGUCCUACAGGCCUGCACCUCAGCCUGCUCCACAGCCCACCUACAGGCCGCAGCCUGCUCCCCAGCCUGCUCCACAGCCCACUUACAGGCCACAGCCUGCUCCCCACCAGCCCCUCAACCCGCUUACAGGCCACAGCCUGCUCCCCAACCAGCCCCUCAACCCGCUUACAGGCCACAGCCUGCCCCCCAGCCUGCUCCCCAACCAGCCCCUCAACCCGCUUACAGACCCCAACCUGCUCCUCAACCCGCCCCUCAGCCCGCUUAUAGACCUCAGCCUGCUCCCCAGCCAGCCCCUCAACCCGCUUACAGGCCACAGCCUGCUCCGCAGCCUGCUCCUCAACCCACUUACAGACCACAGCCUCAGCCGCAGCCCCAGCAGGGCUACGUGUACAACAACCAGCCCAAGCCCUCCUUCACCGACGGCCAGGGCGUGCUGGCGCAGUCCAUCCGCCCCCAGCCACAACCGCAGCCCGCGUUCGUCCCGCAGCCCCAGCCGGCCCGGCCCUUCAGCCUGCCUCCGUCUACGCCGCGCCCCACGCCCCAGCAGGUGUUCACCAGCCCGGUGCCGCAGCAGACCGCGAGCCAGCCCGCGCCCUUCCAAAAGAACGAGGGCUACGUGUACCCGCCACCAGAGAGGCCCGCCGAGCUCCCCGCCAGUCGGCCUCCACCGCCGCCCCCACCCAAGCCGACGCCAGGGUACACAUACGCUCCACCCCAGCAGACGCAAGGCCUCAACCUAGGCGCCGCGGUUAGGCCGUCGACGCCAGCACCGCCGCCGCCUCCCCCGCCAAGCACGAGGCCGCCGCCGCCUCCUCCUCCACCAGCCCCCAAGCCCACUCCCGGUUACACAUACAACCCG